UGAUAAAGUAUUGUAGUGUUCGUGAUUUUAUGCAAGACAAGUACUAUAAGUGACUACUUGAAAGUAAAUACUUGCAUUUGUCAGAAAAAAAGUGAUAUCGUAUAGAGGACUUUAAAGUCUCUAGCCACACCCUUUAAGAGUUUUAGUGUCUUUGAUGCUUUGUGACAUUUUUUUUCUUUGUGGCUUCUUGUCCACGGCGGCCAUUUGACCACUUUUCCUCUGGUGGCUACAUCUUACUUUCAGCUAAAGUAUUUAUGCUCGUUCCAACCGCGGCAUUGUUCCGACGUGCGUGAUAUGCAGCCGUCCGAUUUUGCGGACGAUGAGGUCAGAUGGACCGGACGGCAAAUCAAGGAACUGCUCCGUGAAGCAUAUCGGGUCCACCGGGCUGAGCUGCACCGGGUGCGUUCCUUCUGGAUGAACGAGUUCGGGGAGUUCCAGCGGGCCAGGGAUGUGGCGGCAGCGGCCGCGCUGAAGGCCGCCACCGAUGAGUGGAACCGGCUGUGGGUGCAGCGCGAAGAGGACAUUCGCCAGGACAUCCAGACCAUGAGGGAGAGCGUUCGACUCCACGUGGAGAAACACUGGGACAACAUGGAGUGGCAUCUGGACCGCACUGUGGAUGAAUGCGACCAGGAACUUCAGCGCGUCAAGGGUGUCAUGGAACGCAAGGUCCAAGAGAAGGAAGAGCAGCUGAACCAACUGAAGGAGCUCAGCGCCAGCGCACUGACAAAGCUGGAAGAGAAGCAAAAGCAGAUAAGCCAGGUCAAAGACAUCCUGCUCCUCCUCAAGUCACAGCUUGAGGAGAAGGAGGAGGAGAAGCGGCGGCUGCACGAUCUGCUCCGCUCCGUCACCUGCGAGCUCCAGCGGGAGCGGCUUGAGAGCGAGCGCUGGAGGAGCAACGCCCUGGAUCUGGAGGAGCGCUUGGAGGCAGGCAUGGUGGCCAGAAUGGAGGUGUUGGAGCAUCAGGAGCAGCUCCUCAAACGCGUCAACAACGUCAAAAGCCUGGUCAAAGGCUUCGUGGGACACAACAUCCGCUUUAGGAAGUCUGUAAAGAGCAACGACACGAGCGACGACGACCAGGCGAACAAGGAGAGCGAGUGCAAAAGCGAGAAGGAAGAAGACGGACAGAGAGUGAAGAGAGAGAAGAAGGAAAGGAAGGAGUAUGAGAAGAGAGUCAAGAAAGAAAAGAAGGAGCGAGACAGGAAAGAGAAGAGGGAAAGGAAGGAUCUCCAGAAAAAAGAAAAGAAAGAAAAGUUUUGAAAGUCAUGAAGAUGAAGUAGCAGAGUGUGAAGCAACAGCCUUAAUGAGUCAAAGCAGUUCUUCACUGCUUUCAUCAGAUGAACCAAUUUAUACACCUAAUAACCCUAAGAUAUUUCAUCGAAAAGUACAUAGUAUUUUUUUCUUUCACAUAAGAGGUAGCAGAGUGUGAAACCUAACCGUAACCCUAAACCUAACACAAAAAAAAAAAAAAAAAAAAAUCAUUUGCCCUGAAGAACCCCAAACCCUAACCCUAACCCCAAAGUCUAAUCCCCAAAUAAGCCUGACUUUGGUACUCUGCCCAGGUCAGGCCCAUGAAUGAAAACUCACCAUUUUGAUAACUUCACAUCUCAUAUGUCUCAUGAAGAGUCUCUCCAAUUUUGAGGAGGAUCCAACUCACUGCCUGGGUGCAAUGGUCUCAAACGUGCACCCUGGUUUUUGACAAAAAUGGCAUGUUUUUCAAUAUUUAAUCCAAAAUACCUGAUUUCCUGUUGGGUUUGGAAUAUGGGUGCAAGAGACUUUUUGAAGCAUUUUUACACAAGGUAACAACUCCCCAAACUUAAUCGCUCUACAUUGAAAAAACCUAAAUGGAAAGGCCUUUUUUUUGAACUCCAGGGGUGUCACAGCCAUUUUGUGACAUUUUUUCACAACGUUGCCAAAUUAUCGAAAUUUUCUCGCAUGCGCAUGUUUGUGAAAAUUUUGGUGAGUUUUUGAGCAUGUUGAGACCUCCAAAUUGGUGAUUUUCAUUUGCCAUGAAUCCGCAUGUUUGUGAAAAUUUUGGUGAGUUUUUGAGCAUGUUGAGACCUCCAAAUUGGUGAUUUUCUUUUGCCAUGACAAAAAAAAAAAAAAAAAAUCCUUUGCAAAACAAUAGGGCCUUCGCACCAUGUUGGUGCUCGGGUCCUAAUAAUCCUUUGCAAAACAAUAGAAUGAAUGCACCGCUGGGCUGAUGUGACGGUGAGCAAGAGAUCGCGGCUCUAUUUUGCUUACUGUUUUGAUGCUGGCGUUGUGUUGCACAAGUUGAUGGAAUAAAUGAUUAGAAACCUGACGAAGCUGGCGAUUUCUUUGGAGAUGUUACCACAAUAAGAAUUUUCACCUUAACUUAUAAAGACUGGCGAACGAACGACGACCGCCGGCCGAGAUUGAAAUUCUACAGCCCUAUUGUCGACCCAGUUCAUGGAUGCACACACCAUGUUUAUAUUUUCCUGUCAUUUACAUCU